GAGAACAUUAUUUUCCGGGAUUCCAUUGCAAAAUAUAUAGAAAAGUACGAGGCAGAGCAUCCACAAGCUUUCAAGUUGUUACAAGAGAACACAUGCAAUUGAAUCCCACCACAGAGAAGGACGCCCUUGACCCCUUGCUGGGGUUCCUCCCCCUCAAGAACCUCUCCUUUCUGCCUGAAGUUUACCCACCCUCCUGUCCAACCACCCACAGACACUUCUCAGGCUACCUAUUGUAGCCUUUACUUAUUCCGUAAGCCACUCUCUCUACCAGUCUGCUACCCAAUAGGCCAUAUAGAAGAUGUCAGAGCCAGAAUUAUUAACAGAGGUCCCUGCUUCGCUGAAGCGCCUGGCCAAGCAGGUUGUGCGGGGCUUCUACGGGGUGGAGCAUGCCCUGGCUCUGGACGUUCUCAUCCGCAACCCCUGCGUCCGUGAGGAGGACAUGCUGGAGUUGCUCAAGUUUGACCGAAAGCAGCUGCGCUCGGUGCUCAACACGCUCAAGGGCGAUAAGUUCGUCAAGUGCCGCAUGCGGGUGGAGACGGCUCCCGAUGGCAAGACCACGCGCCACAACUACUACUUCAUCAACUACCGCCUGCUGGUCAACGUGGUCAAGUACAAGCUGGAUCACAUGCGGCGGCGCAUCGAGACAGACGAAAGGGACUCAACCAACCGGGCGUCGUUCCGCUGCCCCUGCUGCUUCAGCACCUUCACUGACCUGGAGGCCAAUCAGCUGUUUGACCCCAUGACCGGGACAUUUCGUUGUACGUUCUGUCAGACGGAGGUAGAGGAGGAUGAGUCUGCGGUGCCCAAGAAGGACGCCAGGACCCUGGUGGCCCGUUUCAACGAACAGAUCGAGCCCAUAUAUGUGCUACUGCGCGAGACAGAGGACGUCCACCUAUCAAACGACCUGCUGGAACCAGAGCCCGCCGAGAUCCCCGCCCUCAAACAGAGUCGGGACCGUGCAGCAGCGGCGGCGGGUGCAGCAGCUGGCGGUCCCCACCGGGAGGCCUGGUCCACCAAGAGCUCGUCGUACGCCGACCUGUACACCCAGAACGUGGAGAUCAGCAUGGGGGAGCAGGGGGAGCAGCAGCGCAGGCAGGCCAGCGAGGGCAAGGCACCUAGGGAGAGACCCGUGUGGCUGACAGAGAGCACUGUGCAUGGAGGAACAUACAGCGAGCCAGACCCACUCAAGAACUCCGGAGACGACGCGGCAGGAGCCCAGAUGGGCGUGGCCGGGCUCGGCGGCGGCCAAUCAGACGAGAACGAAGAAGUGAUGCGCGCCCUGCUCAUCCACGAGAAGAGGAGCGGCGCCGGCCCGGCAGGAGGCGGAGCCGUAGCGGCAGCCAGGGCGCUCAUCUCCUCAUCAGCAGCCAAGGGCAGCGACUCGGAGAGCGACACCAGCGAAUCAGACGAGGACUCUCCCAUGGCUCCGCCCCCUGUGGCUGCAGCCCAGCGGCGGCCGACGGGUAUGGAGAUGGAGGAGGAGGAUGAUGAUGAAGAGUUUGAGGAGGUGGGGGAGGAUGAGCCCAUGGUAAUGGUGGGGGGAAGGUCAUUCUCCUAUCGGGAGGUGAGCCAGAGACCAGAGCUAGUGGAGAAGAUGAGCUCUCAAGAGAAAGAGGCCUACAUCGAGAUGGGACAGAAUAUCUUCCAGGAAAUGUACUUCUAACUGAAAACACACAGACACUCACGUACACGGCCUCGCUCUACAUGGAUCUCUCUUUCUCUCUGGUCUCCUUCCACCCUCUUCUCUUCUUCCCUCCAAGAGGAAUAGAAGAUGUCACUCUAGUUCCAAUCAGUUAUUCCGUUCUCUGUUCUAGAGACCAGACUGCCUAUUGCCAUGACAGUUGUAUUAGUGGUGUGUUAGUCUGGCCACUCACUCAGACUCAGCUCAACCAGUCAGUGUUUCCUCUCAGUAUUACAGUAGCUGAACGUUACAACACACUACUCUAGAGUUGCUCUAUAACCACAGCAUGAUACCUAGUGAAGACGCACACACUGCCUCCCCUCUCAUCCUGUCUGUACCUCCAGUACCCAUUACUAAACAGGAACAGAGUUGAAGAUCUGGGAACCUGUCCAGAAAACAGUCACAUGCGCGCCACACACACACACACACACACACACACACACACACACACACACACACACACACAGUUGCCAACCAGUUCAUUAGACCAGAGUAGACCACACCGCUCCUUUCUCUCCCUGCGCUCCAGCCUUAUGGCACUCUCGAUCUCCACACUCCGUGAAUUCUUCACUGUUCUCAGGGCAGGGCGAGCUGUUCAUUAUUCAUUUCUCCUCUCCUCAUCCCGCUCUCUUUUCCCUCUACCCACACACACAAGCUCCUUCUUUUUUUUUUAUCUGA